AUGUACUUGGGAAAUCACGUUAGAAUUCUUUUCACUGUUACUCUGGUCUGCCAGGCUGUUCAUUUAGGAAAAGGCAGUGAAAAAGAAGAGCUUGAAGAAUAUAUGAGAAGUCUCAAUGCCACAGCACAAAGGCAGCAGCCCAAGAACGAAGGGACUAUGAUAAAUACUCUCAGUGACAUGAAUCAGAGUUAUGAAAACAGAAAGCAACAGAAUUCCAGGGCACUGGUACCUUUCACUGGGAUUACGGAGAGUAAAAAACUGAACAGGCACUGCUGCCAAAAUGGAGGGACCUGUAUCCUAGGGGCUUUCUGUGCCUGCCUAAAGCAUUUCACUGGCAGAUACUGUGAACAUGAUGAGCGGCAAAGCAACUGCGGCAGCAUUGCCCAUGGUGCCUGGGUGCUGAAGGGCUGUUGGCUGUGUCGGUGCGGCUAUGGUACUCUGAACUGUCUCUCAGAAAUAAUGCACGAUAACUGUGAACUGAAAUCAGAAAGGGAGGAAAUUACCAGGCUAUAUUCUAAUGGGCUAAGAUUACAGCAAACCAUGUUUGUGCUCAGUUGCCUGCUCACUGUACUCCUGGAGCUCUGCUGCUGGCAGUUGUGA